AGUCUAGCCCGUGCGCGCAGCGGCGUGCCCGCGGGCCAUGCAUGCGAGGAGGGACUUUACACUGGCGCUGUCGCGGGACCAUCCGUGGAAUGUGAAGGGACCGGUUAGCCCUUGCCGCCCCAGAGAGCGCUGGCUAGCGAGCGCUGAAGGAAGGCUGCACGCGCGUGUCAAUCAGUAGCAAGCACCUCCGCAUUUUUUUCGCCGUCGUUGAUCAGUAGACGCGACAGAUCGGCGGCGGAGCGUACGUGUGAUAGUAGUAGUCGACGACAGCCGUAUUUUUACCUCCGAUCGUCUGCUUGACCGUCGGUUUUAACCGCCUGUUUGCCCAUCUGCUUGCCGACACACGCAGCAGACGUGGCUUAGGCGCUCGCGCGUUUCUGAGACCGGACAGACUCGAACCGCGAUCGCAGCGGCGCCAGCGAGGACGCCGACGUUGACUAUAUCUAUGCAUGUCCACGGCGCUCUCUCGCUCGCGUGUGUAUAUGUGCGUGUGAUACGUACCUGCGCAUGAGUGUAGGACGGGGACGGCAACGGGAACGGCUCUAGAAGCGAACUCUAGUCGCUGUUAUUAUUCGUGUUAUAAACGGUGGUUGUGACGACGCGUCUGCUCGGUGUGAUCACGUGCUACAGGCAGACGACGCACGCACGCACGCAGCAGCAGCCUCUACGCAACACGAUACCUACGCACAGCAGCCGCGUGCGUACAUAGCGGGCUCCUCGCAUCUCAUACGGAAUAGGUGAUACGGACCAGCAGGCGAACGUACGCACGCAAGAACGCACAGCACGCACACACAAACGCAAGAGACAGGUGCAUGCGCCCUCGGCUGCGUCGUCUGCGCCGGUGAUGAAGUGAAGUUGUCGUCGUGACGAUGCCGAUCAUGUGUUUCUCACAGUCGAUGGCUGCGGCGGCGCUGCGCGUGCUGUUGGUACUGAUGCUGCUGCUGCUGCACGAGGUGGCGGCGGCCCAGACGUACGGACCGGGAGCAAUAGCUGGAGUCUUCUUCGGUACAUUUCUAGGAACGCUGGCGCUGUGUGCAGCCGCGUUCGCGAUAUGGUUCUACGCUACUAACGGAAGAUGUCCGUUCACGAAAGGCCCCGGCAAGCGAGAGAAGUCCGCGGACGUGGAGGAGGGUAAAAACGACGUCGUAGGCAAGCAUGGCCACGACAACCCGAACUUUCACGACGACGUCGACAUCGUACGAACCGCCCACGGGGACGGUAAACAACUUCCCGCAAAAUCAGAGAAAAGCAAGAAGGAUAAAGAUGGGAAGGUGAAGGAGAAGGGUAAGGGCGAGCGAAAGGGACUCGGCCCGUUUAAGAUAGGAACUGGUAGAAAGCAGCAAGCUGUCGACGAUAUCUCUCUCAACUACCUGCCACCAGAAGUCGUCCACGUUCCAUUGAAGAGCCACGACAUCGUGGGUCUUGGUAUAAACAUUCAGGGAAACAUGACCGAUGGAAUAUUCAUAUCGAACGUUCUCAGCCGCGGUCCAGCCAGCGAGUCUGGCAAGGUGCAGAAAGGUGAUCGCAUCCUCAGCGUGCGCGUCUCCUUCCGUAACGUCACCUACGAGGACGCGUUGACAAUCCUCAGCUACGGCUCACCCUACGACGUCGAACUCGAGCUGGAGAAAGCGCGCGCCGGUCCGAAACCGUCCCCGCCGACGCGCGCCGGCAGCACGCGCGGUGGCGACGACAGCGGGUUGUGCAGUCACCCGAUGUACCGCAGCCGCUCGACGAACGACCUUGACGAGGUCGACCGCGGCGAGGCGGUGGCGCGUCGGUUGCGCAGCAGCGGCAUCAUGACGCGUCGGCCCGCGGCGACGACGACGGCGACGGGUACGACGUCGGUCGCCGAGCAGUAUGUUCAGAGCUCGGCGUCGACGCGGUCGCUCAACGAGAGGUUUCUCGUGCAGGCGGCCGCCGAGGGAGAGAACGGAAAGGCGGGGAAGAUUAGCGUGAGGGACAUCGCCAUUGCUAAGCCGAAACGCGCGCCACCGCGGGUGAUGGCGGCGGGAGGGGCUCCUGAGGUAGCGCACGAUCCGACGACUGCUACGCGAAAAGAGGAGGAGAUGGUGGUGAGAGAUGACUACGGGGUGGAUGGCGCGGUGAGGCGCGAGGAUGAGAAGGAGGAGAAGACAUCGAAGAAAGAGGAGAAGGAGAAGGAGAAGACGUCGAAAGGAAAGGAGAAGAAGGACAAGAAGAAAGACAAGGAAGCGAAAAUUAUCAUAGCCGGCGGCGGUGGAGAAUCGGAGAAGAAGGAUGAGAAGGAAGACGAAAAGAAAUCGACGUCUUCUUCCUCUUCCUCGAACUCUUCGUCGUCCUCUUCCUCGUCUUCCGACAUUGACGGCAAAGAGAAGUCGGAGAAGAAGAAGGUGAAGAAGCUGACCAAGCUAAAGAAGGACAAAGUAAAAGGAAAAGACAAGGACAAGAAGAAGGAGAAGAAAGAGAAGAGCAAGGAUAAGAAAGUGAAAUCAAACGAAGUAGAGAAUGACGCCACGCGCUACAAGGAAGUCGAGAUAGCGAUUAACGAGAGAGGCAUAGACAUCGGCGAGCAGAAGACAGAACGACUGAUAUCCACCGAGAGUGAGAUCUCCACCAUCACCACCACGACGACGACGACAAGAACAGAGGUCGACCAUCAACAGCAGGCAACGCCCGACUUACUGAAGGAGGUGAGGACCGACGUCGCAACGGAGCCGACGACGAAGACGAGGAAGAUGGCGCCACCGAAACCGUCGCCGCGUCGCAAGAGCCAGGAGCUGAAGCCGGGCGACGUCGGCCACCAGCCGCCGCCCCUCCCCGCAUCCCCACCCCCGGAUAAACACCCUGUGUCUAUAUCUCGCUCUCUCUCCCAGGUGUCGCCCGUAGCUACGAGCGUGCACUACAUGCAGACGACGGCCGACGGGCGCGUGCAUGAGGUGGCGCCAUCCGGCGGAGCUAACACGAUUACCAUCUCCACGGGCAAGCCCGUCGUCCACGAAGAUGUCACCUUCACGGUCACGACCAACAAGCCGACGUCGACGCCCGUGACGUCGGCGACGGUCACCUCCAGCUCUCAGGUGAAGCGCAGCAGCAUUGACGUACAGCAGGUGUACACGGAGACGGCGCACCUUUACUGA